AUACUCUAAACACAUGGACUUGAUGCUUGGGUGUGAACGGUAUGCACGGAGUUAUUCGUAGCUGUGUCAACAGCUUCGCGAUCCCCGUGGAGCACGACCGACUUCUGAAAGUGAAUGAUUUACGUGUCGAUGUCAAGGAUCGUAACCCGGGGGAAUAAUGCUAUAGUUAUAGGUAUUCCGUUGUCCGGGUGUGCACUGAUGUGUGGACAUUGAGUGGAGUGACGUCAUCCGUCCAGACAUGGCCGCUGGGAGAGACACGGCGUAUGGGGAAUACACGACGCUUCAACUGCAACUCGAUAAACGUACACGAGACACGGAACUGUUAAUACAAAAGAGACAAGCGUUCCUAAAAACGAAGGAGAAGGUGAAAACGAACAUUUCUAAAACCUUUCAGAAUAUCAGAGAGGUGCUGGAUUUAAAAGAGCAAAGCCUGAUAUCACACAUCGAAAGGCGGGCACAGUCCGAGUUGGAGGCCCUGGAUGCCUUUAUAGCCUCUGAACAACAUGAGGCUGCGAGACGGGAAGAACGGUUCCAAGAUCUCGUCAAUGAUUUACAAAGAAAUGACGCCAGCAGCGUUGCUUGUGACAUUGAGAAAUUCACAAAGGAGUUACGUCUAAAUGAUCUGAAGCCACUGCCGAAACUCCCUUUCAUUGACGCAAAGAGCCAUGAUGAAGAUGUCACUGACUGCGUCACGAAACUCCGAGUUUGUUCGGUUCGGUUUGUUGAGGACAACGUGCCUUCUUCUCAACUUGUGAACAAGGUGUUGGUUCUGUUUGAUGAUGACCCCCGUGAUUGUAAUAUUAAAGACAUCACUGUGGUUGGGGGCGAGAUGUACGUCGUCAUCAUGACAGACUUUGCAAACCGACGGGUGAAGGCGCUGUGUGGGGAGGGGGGAGACUUCCCACAGAGGAAGGACAAACUGGACAUGAAGCACGGGCCUUGGGGUUUGACCAAAAUCUCCGACUUUGAAGUGGCAGCUACUGUCCCGGAGGAGAAGAAAAUUGUAUUUAUUCGCAUUAUCGAUGAUAUGCAUGUGAGGAGAACUGUUAAAACAAAGAAGAAGUAUUGUGGAAUAGCAUCUCUGGAAGAUGGAACAUUUGCCGUCUGUUGUGAAGACUCGCCGUCGGUGGACAUUCUGAACAUGGAUGGUCAGUGGAUGAAAGACUUGUCGAAAUGCUACUCUAGCUCGUUCAAGGCACCGACAUCGAUGUCUGUCACGUCAUCGGGGAACCUUGCUGUAGCGGAUGCCGUCUUCAAGUGUGUUAUGAUUAUCAACAGGGAUGGUGAGCUAUUGACCACUAAGCCUUCAACAGCUGACCGUUUGAAGUCAGCAGUCGCUGUUAGCUGUGACGCCUCGGGUCACGUCUUCGUUGUCGACAACGUUGAAAGUAGUGUCGUCAUGGUCAGCGAGGACCAGUCCAGUGCUGUAUCAUGUGAUAUUGCCAACGGCAAAGUAGACACACCCACUGCUAUAGGUCUUGACAGUAGAGGGCAUCUGUAUGUUACAGAUGGCAAAUUCCUUAAUGUGUUUAAGAUCACAUAUUAAACUCUACAGAUCGCGUAUAGGAAAUGUUGCCUUCAGCAGGAUAUGCAUAUUGAUAAUAUACAUCACUUCCUACAUAAGAAAGUAUUGUACUUGUGUACAUGUGCAUGGAAAUACGCCCAUAUCCAAUGGUUGUUUUUGUAGAGCAAGCGAAAUCAUUACACAGCUCUGUCACAAAGCAAUAUUUAAUCACUAUUCUAAUUUCAAAGAGAACAAAAUAUGUUCAUGGAUUUAUUAUGUAACUUCGGUGAUGAAAAGUUCGCUACAAUUUUUAUUCAUGAAAACAUUCAUGAAGUGUUCUCCCUUAUUAGUCAACCCCUGUUUCAUAAGCCAUUUGACUAUAUUAGAUGAAAUAUAAGAAAUAAAAAAGUUACCGAGCAACAAA